ACUAUAUAACACUCGUGAAGGAGUAUGGUAGGUCUGACUCUUAGCUAUGAUGGGGCGCCUCUGAGUCAGUGAUUGCUAUUCUACCAAUAAUCAACAGCUUUAAAUUGUUUAUUCUAGCUUUGGUGAGAGAUCGAUGAGGAGACCACUAUAUAAUUAUGCGCAGUGAGACCAUGUUUCAUAAAAUUUUCAUCCAAUCAAUCAGGAAAGCACAAGAUAGAGGUUAAUCAACAAUGUCAAAUGAAAGGGCAGCAGCGGAUUCCGAUCCCAACUCCGGCGUUGAUCCUUACCAGCGCCUCCAGAUAGCACGCAAUCCCGACGGCAGCAUCACGCGCUUGUUCAAAUGCCCAGACGCCCCGCCCUCAUCUGAUCCCAAGCUUCCCACUCCAGUUCUCACCAAAGACAUCCCCAUCAACCAAUCAAAUAACACCUGGCUUCGACUGUUCCUCCCCCGCCAUGUACUGGACCAAAUCUCACCAACUACCAAGCUCCCUCUCGUCGUUUAUUACCAUGGUGGAGGAGGAGGCUUCAUAUUACUUAGGGCAGCCUCAACCAUUUUCCAUGAUUUCUGUUUCAACUUUUCAGCCGGCGUCCCCGUGAUCGUCGCAUCUGUCGAGUACAGGUUGGCUCCUGAGCACCGGCUGCCGGCGGCUUAUGAUGAUGCAGUGGAGGCGCUUCACUGGAUCAAAACCUGCCAAGAUGAUUGGUUGAGAGACUACGCUGACCUCUCCAAUAGUUUCCUUAUGGGAUCCAGUGCUGGGGGUAACAUAGCCUACAAUGCAGGACUUCGUGCAGCUGCUGAGGGCAUUGACCUUCUCCACCCGUUGAAGAUUAGAGAGCUGAUAUUGGUGCAACCGUAUUUCGGGGGGAAUCGAAGGACUAGUUCAGAGUUGACUCUCAUGUGGGACUUGUCGUUGCCUAUCGGGGCUGACCGUGAUCACGUGUAUUGCAAUCCAGUGGCGGGUGGCGAUUCUAAUGGCUUUGAUCAAGUGAAAGCACUUGGGUGGAAAAUUUUGGUGAGUGGCUCCGAUGGAGACCCGCUGAUCGAUCGUCAGAUUGAGCUGGUGAAGAUGUUGGAGGCAAAAGGUGUACAAGUGGUGAGUCAAUUUAUCGAAGGAGGUUAUCAUGGGGCUCAAGAGGUUGAACCCUCCAAAGCCAAGGAUGUGUUUGUGCUUGUUAAACAUUUCAUAUUUCCUUAAUUUGUAACUUUUGUUCUUUUCCAAUAAUGCUAUGAUAUCAAAAAUAUAGUACACA